AUGCAAAGCAUAUAUAUUUGCGAUGUGAUUGAUAUUGAUGAAAAACCUUUUUUUUAUAUAUUGAUAUCUGCUGGUUGUUGGUUUGGUGUUGAGUUUUCAACUUCAAGAAUUAAUCAAUCAGUAACAUUUUUUGAAAGUGCAAAUCAAUUAGUAAUAUUAAAAGCAAUCAAAUUAUUGAAAAUCAAUAAUAAUAUAUUUAGUAAUACAAAGAGAAAAGUGUCUCUUCUCAUGAAUUUAAGAUCUAGCAUUAAUUCACGUCCAUUACCAGGCUGGUAUGACGAUGUAAAAUUUGGAAUCUUUAUUCAUUGGGGUGUUUAUGCAGUACCUGCCUUUGGAAAUGGAUCAUCUGCUGAAUGGUAUUGGUAUACUAUUAAUAAUCCAGGAGAGGAUGGAGGUUAUGCUCAAGCCUACAAUAACAAGACCUAUGGUUUCGAUCACUCCUACCAAUCGUUUGCACCAGAGCUUACUGCACGUAUGUUCGAUCCAGAUCAAUGGGCCGAUCUAUUUGUAAAGGCUGGUGCCAAGUAUGUUGUUCUCACCAGUAAGCACCAUGAAGGAUACACAAUGUGGCCAUCUGCAGCCAGUUGGGGUUGGAAUUCCGUUGAUGUUGGUCCUCAUAUGGAUAUUGUUUCAAUGGUAUCGAAAUCAGUUAAAUCACGUGGACUUCAUAUGGGUCUCUACCACUCUUUGUUUGAGUGGUACAAUCCAUUGUAUCUUGCCGAUGCUGCCUCGGGAUCACCACCAACCCAAGACAUCUAUGUACAAAAUGUAUUAUUACCACAACUCUAUGAUAUCGUUAAUUCUUAUGAACCAGAGGUAAUUUGGGCUGAUGGUGCAUGGGAUCAACCUUCAAGCUACUGGAAGAGUACUGAAUUCUUGUCAUGGUUAUACAGCUCUUCGCCAGUUAAAGAUACAGUAGUUGUAAACGAUCGUUGGGGUUCAGAGUGUAUCAAUACCGACGGUGGAUUCUUCACUGGUGGUGACAGAUUCGAUCCAGGACACUUGAUUCCACACAAAUGGGAGAACUGUAACACAAUUGGAAACAGCUGGGGAUACAACGAGUUUGAAUCGGCUGCCAACUACCAAUCCACUCAGACACUGUUGCAAACCUUGGUCAACACUGUUGCACUCGGUGGUAACUUGCUGUUGGAUGUCGGUCCCACCAAAGAAGGUACCAUUCCAGUGGUUAUGCAAGAUCGUUUGCUGGACAUGGGUGAGUGGUUGUCGAUCAACGGUGAAGGUAUCUACGGUAGCACUCCAUGGCGUGUUCAGAACGAGUCGACCUCCAUCUGGUACACCUAUAACACCACUACCGACGCUGUCUAUGUCUACUCAUUCACCUGGCCAUGGGAUGGAAUUCUCGCACUCGAAUCACCAAUCGUCACCAGCAAGACAACCGUCUCACUCCUCGGUUAUGCCAACGAAAUAUCCUUCUACCAAGCAGGAGGAGAACCAAACGGACUCGUCAUCAAGCUUCCAUUCCUCACUCCCGAUGAGUAUCCACCACACAAAGUAUACGGAUUCAAAUUAACCAAUGUUAAAUAA